AUGGCUGGUCUCCCACUUCCAUUCUGCUUUCUGACGCUCGUGAUUGGAUCUGCUCUUCAAGGCCCUUUCCCUGUGCGGGGGUACAAUAUCGAUACCUCUCCUGCGACCAUAUUCUCCUCCAACACCAGUGUGCAAUUUGGAUAUGAGGUUCUGCAGAUCGGGGAAGGCCCCGAAGCCAGGGUCAUAAUAGGAGCCCCCGGUGAGCAGAACACCACAGGCCAUGUGUACCAGUGUAAAAUGCAAAGUGGAGACUGCCAGGAUAUUCCGCUUGCGGGAGGCUCUGGAAUAUCCCACCUUGGCAUGACGCUGGCAAGCAACUCUGAGAGAACUAAGAUGAUUGCAUGUGGGCCAGGAGUGGCGCAGCACUGUGACAAAAAUAUCUUCGUGAGCGGGGUCUGCUAUCUGUUUGAUGCCCAACUCCACAAACCCAAGAACAUAACGACAGGAUACCAAAAGUGCCUGAAAGGGGAUGUAGACCUGGUGUUUCUCUUCGAUGGAUCAGAAAGCUUGAAAAGCGAGGAGUUCAACAAAAUAAAGGAGUUCAUGAUUGACGUGAUGGAGAAACUAAGCAACAGCACCAUCAAGUUUGCCGCUGUGCAGUUUUCAUAUGACAUCAGUAUCGAGUUUGAUUUUAAUAAUUAUACCAACGAUCCCAAUCCUCAAAAUCUGUUGGCCAACGUGGCACACAAGAAAAGUACUACAAACACCUUCAAAGCCAUCAAAUUUGUAGCGGAAAAGGUUUUUGUUCCUGAACGCGGCACCCGGGAAGGCGCAAACCGAGUAAUGGUCAUCAUCACCGAUGGAGAUGCCACCGACUCUGACAAUGGAAGUAUAAAAGCUGCCAAGGACAAGAAAAUCUCGCGCUUUAUAAUUGGGAUUGGAAGUUACUUUCCCAAGGAUGUGAGCCAAGCCAAGGUCACAAGCAUUGCCUCGGAGCCCAAAGAUGCCUUUGUGAAGGUCCUCAAGAGGUUUGAGGAUCUCAAGGACAGCUUCAACGAACUCCAGGCAAAGAUCUACGAUAUUGAAGGUGUAAUUGACAAUCGCUCCUUCUACCUGGAGAUGUCCUCCAGUGGAUUCAGUGCCGAUAUAUCCCAGGGCCGGGUGGUCCUGGGGGCCGUGGGUGCUAACGAUUGGGCUGGGGGCCUGCUAGAGCAGCAGGAGGGUUUGGCCAGCGAAAAGUUCAUCACCGCCCCAGCAGCCAAGGAAGAAAUGAAGGCUGCCUACUUGGGGUAUGCUUUGAAAUUCUUACAGCAUCAGAAGAGGGAGUUCUAUGCUGUCGGUGCCCCUCGGUACCAACACGUGGGAAGGGUCCUGGUAUUUGAGGUCUCCCCCAGCACUGCCAACUGGACCUUAAAGCAGCAGAUUCCUGGGGAGCAGAUAGGGUCAUAUUUUGGGGCAGUCCUUUGCCCAGUGGAUGUGGACAGCGAUAGUGAAACAGACCUGCUUCUCAUCGGGGCCCAGCAGUAUUUCAAAGGAGGUCGUGUUUAUGUCUACGGCUGGGCACAGGACAAUCUCGCCCUCCUGGGGGAGCUUCACGGGGACUCUGAAGACCCCUUGGGCAGGUUUGGAGCAGCCAUUGCUGACCUGGCAGACAUCAAUGGGGAUGGGCUGACGGACGUGGCUGUGGGGGGACCCUUAGAAGACGGGGAGAGUGGAGUUGUCUACAUCUACAAUGGCUAUGAGAAGACGGUGCAUACACGGUAUAGCCAGAAAAUUAAAGGAGCAAACAUUUCUCCUGGCUUGAAAUUCUUUGGACGGUCCAUCCAUGGAAAGACGGACCUCAGUCAAGACGGACUCACUGACAUUGCCGUGGGAGCUCUGGGAAAGGCUGUGGUACUCCGCUCCAGACCCAUUGUGAUCGUGGCUGCGACCGUGCACUUUUGGCCACAGGAGAUCCCAGUGAAAGAAGUGGAGUGUCUGGAGAAUGCCAGCUCCUGGCAGGAGAUCAACCUCAACAUCUGUUUCAAUGUCAGUUUAGCCACCAAGCACUACCAAGGGGAUCUCUCUGCCAACCUUUCCUUCUACUUGGAGAUUGACCGACACCGGAUGAAGAACCGAGGAGCGUUCAAGAAUGGCAAGAAGGUCAUGGAGGGGACCCAGAUCAUAUCUGUGGGAUCGGUGUGCAUUCAAGAGAAGAUUCGCAUCCCAAACUGCAUUGAGGAUUACAUCUCAAAUAUCCAGGUCUUUGUGAAUUUCUCCCUCAACGAUGACCCUAAUAAUGGGGGUGUCGGCCCUAUUCUGAACCCACUAAACAGCACGACUACAGUGGAGAUUCCUUUCAAGAAGAACUGUGGGGAAGAUGAGGUGUGUGAUGCCAACCUGAGAGUCCUCUUCCAUUCUCCAGGGUCUGUGAAGCUGCUUCUGUCUUCUGCAUUUGUGCUGAAGGUGGCCUUGGAAGUCGAGAACCGCCAUGAGGAUGCUUAUCAUGCGGUCCUCCACUUGCUCCACGUUCCUGGCCUCUCCUUCCGCAAAGUGUCUGUGCUCAAGCCCAGUACUCUGACCAUCGUGAGCUGUGAUGGAACACCUGUAAGUCAAGGAUUCAAGAAUCUCGUCUGCAACGUCAGCCACCCUAUCUAUAGGGAGCGCACAAAUGUUUUGAUCGAGCUCUGGUUUGACGUUCUUGAAAACAGCUCCUGGGGAGAUAGUGUAGAGAUGGAGGCGUAUGUCAGCAGUGACAAUGAGAGGAAUGACACCCUUUCUGACAACAAGGCUACUCUCACGAUCCCCGUCCAGUAUCCCAUCAACAUCAUUGUCAAGGGCUUAGAGACAUCCGUUCAAUACAUUAACUUCAGUUCUGUCCAUCAAGAAAACAAGACUGUGACGCACUUUUAUGAAGUAAAAAACGUGCCCUGGGGUGCUUUCCCAGCUGCUGCAGUGGCAGUGUUUGUGAAGGUGCCUGCUGUGUUUCCUGCUGGGCUGAUAUGGAAGGUUGAUAGAGUCCAAGCUGAACCCUCUGUGAUCUGUGAACUUGUUCGAAUGGACAACAGCACAGGAAAGAUGGAUUCCAUCGAGGACCAUUCUCAGCUAAUUGAGUGUGCUGUUGACAAAUAUCUCAUCUAUCAAUGUAAUCUUGGAAAGAUAACUUCCUCUGUGAUCAGUGUUUCCGGAAAGCUGUAUGCCACUAACAAAAUUGAGGAUUUCUCUCAGUCCAGCUUCUGCACAGCCUCAUGGCUGACGUUUGACACCAGAAGAUACUCCAAUCAGUAUGGUACUCAAUAUGCCCAGUCUCAGGUCACUACACAAGUCGAUAUGAUUUACGUAAUGGAUUAUCUCCCUGUUAUUAUAGGCAGUGCCGUGGGAGGCUUGUUCUUGCUUAUUCUCAUCAUUGUGGUACUUUACAAGUUUGGAUUUUUCAAGCGUAAUUAUAAAGACAAGAUGGACCAUGAAGGCAAAACUGAGACUAUGUUCCCAGCAGAAGGCAACCUUGAGGACGAUGAAGGAAAAGUAGUCCCAUUGAAUGGAGGAGCAGAGAGCAAAUAA